AUGCAUCAGUCCAGCCUCCUUUGGCUUUCUGGCUUUGUGCUAGCAAGUCUCAGCGAUGGCCAAGGUCUGAUGCCGCCAAUGCUCACUGUUCGACAGACGAAUCCAUGCCCGAUCUCGUGCACUCAAGUGGGUUUCAAGCCAUCCGAUUGGACUUGGAUACACCGCACAACCGAUCUUGUGCGGUGUAACAGCUCGCUAAUCUUCGAUAUGAACGUUCAAAACUUUCUGAGCAGUGACAUCAAGUCGGAUAAUGUCAUGCGAGUAUGUACUCUGGACGAUCGAUCUACGAUGACGAAAUUCGCAGAAAAGCCUCAGGACAGCGCACACGACAGCAAGGAUCCUGACCACAAUCUCGGCAAAGACAAGGCAACUGUACGCUUGAGCAUACCACAGAAAGCUGGGUCUGUCGGCUCUGAGGAUGUUUCUGCUGCGGCAAAUGAGUUGUCUUCAUUCCUCAAGAAUGAAGCACGCUGCGGAUACACCAUUAUGUUUGCCAAGACGGGAAGUGCUAUUGUUGGUAUCUACGCCGGGUCAGAAAUCCAGAAAGACAGCGCAGCCAGACUUAUGCGAACUUUCUCUGAACAUGCACGAGGAGACGGCACUCGCGCUCUUCAAGUCUGCGAUUCGGUGCACAAUGGCUCCAAGUCGUUCGGUGCAUUUGCGACCCAUAUUGACGAUCUCCCAACCGUUCAAAGUGCCGUCAAAGGCUGGACCAACGCCAAUUGUUUGCAAGAGACCGGCGGAAGUGAACAAAGUCUGGAUGGCAUCGAAGUCAGUUUCCUUGUCUCGCUAGAUGUGGUUGCUACCGCCAGUGGCUCUAGCAGAAACUCCUCGAAAGUUCAUGCCAGACAUGUUCAUCACCAUAAAGCUCGCGGCACCUGUUCGUAUCUUCAAGUUCGCUGGGGUGAUAGCUGCCCGUCUCUUGAGAGCAUAUGCGGUAUUUCUGCGAAUGACUUCACCAAUUACAACCCCAAACCUAAUCUCUGUACAACUCUUGCAGUGGGUCAAUUUGUCUGCUGUUCAUCAGGGACGCUGCCGGAUCCAACACCCCAGCAGCAAGCCAACGGGAGCUGCUAUACCUACCAGGUUCAGAUCGGGGAGGGUUGCUUUGCGAUUGCUGAGUCUCAUUAUAUCACCCAGGACGACAUUGAAUCAUACAACGGGAACGCUUGGGGAUGGGCAGGGUGCGGCCAGCUUCAGCCCGAUCAGAGUAUUUGUCUGAGCAAGGGGGCACCACCAUUCCCUGCACCAAUCUCAAAUGCGGUUUGUGGUCCACAGGUCCCAGGAACCCAAGCACCCAGCGCAGGCACAAAUAUCUCCAUGAUGAACCUAUGCCCGCUUAAUGCAUGUUGCGACGCCUGGGGCAUGUGUGGUACAACCAGCGAGUUCUGUACUCCAAGUCUGGCAUCCACUGGCGCUCCGGGAAGCCAUAAGCCCCUUACCAACGGCUGCAUCUCAAAUUGCGGCACUGACAUUGUGAACAACGACAACCCCCCGGUGAAUCCUCUCUUCCGUAUUGGUUACUUCGAGGGCUACAACUUCAAUCGCCCUUGCCUCAACAUGGAUGUGACACAGAUCAACGUCAACUAUUGGAGCAGCAUACAUUUCGCCUUUGGCAUCAUUUCUCAGAGUUUCGAGAUUUCCAUUGACGAUUUGAGCAAGGAUCAAUUUGACAAAUUUUUGAAGCUUGGAACUGUGCAGAAAAUCCUUUCAUUUGGCGGCUGGGACUUUUCCACAAACCCUGCAACCUACAUGAUCUUCCGAGAGGGCACGAAACCAGCGAACCGGCAGACUUUUGCAAACAACGUUUAUCCUGGCGAGCCGGACAUUGUUGGCAUCCCUCAGGGAAGCAAAGAUGAGGGAGACAACUAUCUCGAAUUCCUUCGCUUGGUCCGGACUGGUCUAGGGACUUCGAAGAGCAUUUUCGUUGCCCUUCCAGCCUCGUACUGGUAUCUGAAGCAAUUCCCAGUUGACGAAAUGCAACAUGUCGUGGACUACUUUAUCUACAUGACAUACGACCUUCACGGACAAUGGGACUUCAAUAAUGCAAAUGCCGACGAAGGCUGCCCUGGAGGCAACUGCCUGAGAUCGGACAUCAAUAUGACAGCAACAGUGAACGCCCUCUCGAUGUUGACCAAAGCUGGUGUUUCUUCUACGAAGAUUACACUCGGCGUGACAAGCUAUGGGCGCAGCUUUCGCAUGUCGGACCCAUCAUGCUGGGGCCCCGAUUGCACUUACACUGGCGGCUAUGAUGUCUCUAACGCCCGUGAAGGAGUUUGCACAACGACUGCUGGGUUCCUUGCAAAUGCGGAGAUCAAAGAAAUCAUUCAGGGUGGCUCUGAUCAGUGGCCAAUUUUCGAGACCUACUACGAUGACGUGUCCCGGAAUAAUAUCUUGAUUUACGGCGACAGUAGCGGCGCGGACUGGGUCUCAUGGAUGAAUUCUUCAACCUGGAGCCAUCGUCUUCUGUACGCUAUCAAGCAGAAUAUGGGAGGUUCUGUGGACUGGGCUAUUGACCUCGAAGACUACCAGCCCUGGUUGGACGGCAAUACCGGCCCUGGAGAUGUCAUCGAAGCCGACACUGAUUCAAGGUGUGCUCCCGCGAAGCGGCCCAGCACUAUGGAUGACUUGGUGAACUCAUUGGAUUCCAUCGAGUCCAUUUGCUGGAACAUUUAUGCCAUGGACAUCCUCCACGACACGCUCGAUUCAGCUUUGGAUGCUUACACCACUGCUUCAGAAGGGUAUGACGACAAAUUCGACUACUACGUGAAGUGGGUCAAGGAAAGUAUCUCCCCAAGCCUGAAGAACUAUUUGGCUUUUGACAAUGGGCCUGGCAACAAAUACUUUGACUGCACAUGGGAAGUCCAGGGUAGAACACACCCCAAGGCUCCAUGUCCCGGCCCGAACGCCUAUUGGAACGAGGUGGAUGAGACCUGGACGGUCACAUAUGAACUCAAGGACGCCGAUGGUUUUUAUGCGGCAGUUGAGACUGAUCUUGGGAUCUCUAAGGAUUGGAUUAAAUUCGGUGAAUCCCAUGAACUUGAUAGCUGCGCUCCCGACAACAGUGGUCUUCCCGGCGGCAAGAAGCCCUGCAGGAAAAUUUACUUCAAGCGCAAGAACUUCCCCGUCCAAUCAGACAACGUCGAUGUGGCCAAUCCAAAGAACGUCAUCCAGAGCGCCAGCACCAACAUCACUGAGCUGCAGCUCACCAUGCUAGGAGGGUAUGCUUUGCUCGCAAUGCGCAGCUACGAUCCGAGCGGCGACAGCAACGACGUGUUAACAGCCUCUGCGAUGCCAGUCUUCAUGGUACAAGAAGCUGUCAAGUCCAUGGCAAGAAUCAAGGAUAUUGGCGCGCAAGCUAAAGCACAAGCGAAAAAGGACUUGAUUUUGGAAAUCCUCAACAUUGUUCUCUUGGUUAUUCCCGUCGUUGGAGAGGCCGCUGGCGCAUUGUUCGGUGGCGCUGCAAUGAUAGCACGCAUUGCAACACUGAUUGGUGAAGCUGGCAAUGCGGCUAUGGGUAUUGAGAGCAUAGUUCAAGAUCCGCUCUCAGCACCCUUUGUCAUCAUGGGUUAUCUGGUGGGCACAGGAGGAAGUUCGGCGAAGAGUGAAAGUGAGCUUUGGGGCUCCGCUGCCAAAGCACGCUCGGCCAUGAAGGCUGCAGAUCUUCGGAAGUUCUCUGCGGACUUCCAACACAGUGACAGUCUUGUUCAGGCAAUUGUCAGCAAGUGCGUCAAAAAGUAA